UAAAAUCCCACCCUCUAAACUGUUCUUCACAUCACACACUCUCCCUUUCACUCCACGCACCUCCAAUGCUUCGCUCUUCCCAUUUUCUUCUCCUUCUUUCUCUCCUCCUUCUCUGCCACAAUGGAGCACAAUCCAAAUCCUCUUCUGCUCCCUCCAAGAUUGGCCAUGGCUACCGCUUAAUCUCCGUUGAAGAAACCCCAGAUGGCGCCCUCUUGGGUCGCCUCCAAGUCAAGCAGCCCAACAAAAUCUACGGCCCCGACAUCCCUUACUUGCAGCUCUUCGUCAAGCACGAGACGAACGACCGGUUGAGGGUUCACAUCACCGACGCCGAGAAGCAGAGAUGGGAGGUGCCGUACAACCUCCUCCCCCGGGAGCAACCGCCGGCGGCGAGGCAGACCAUCGGAAUAAAAUCGAGCAACAACUCCAUCGCAGGAUCCGAGUACACCGGCAGCAACCUGAUCUUCAGCUACACAUCGGACCCAUUUUCGUUCGCAGUGAAAAGGAAAUCGAACGGCGAAACCCUCUUCGAUUCGAGCGCUUCCGAUUCAGACCCAUACAGCGGAUUGGUGUUCAAAGACCAAUAUCUGGAGAUCUCGACGAAACUGCCAGCGGAGGCUUCGCUGUACGGGCUGGGGGAGAACACGCAGCCGCACGGGAUAAAGCUGUACCCGAACGACCCUUACACUUUGUUCACGACGGAUGUCUCGGCGAUUAAUCUGAAUACGGACCUGUACGGGUCGCACCCGGUGUACAUGGACCUGAGGAACGCCGGCGGGAGGGGCUCGGCGCAUGCGGUGCUGCUGCUCAACAGCAAUGGGAUGGAUGUGUUCUACAGAGGGGAUUCUCUGACGUAUAAGGUUAUUGGGGGAGUUUUGGAUUUCUACUUCUUUGCUGGGCCUUCGCCGCUUGAUGUUGUCCAACAGUACACUUCCCUCAUCGGAAAACCAGCUCCCAUGCCUUACUGGGCAUUCGGAUUUCACCAAUGUAGAUGGGGUUACCAUAACCUAUCUGUUGUUGAAGAUGUUGUUGAGAACUAUCAGAAGGCAGAAAUUCCCCUCGACGUUAUUUGGAACGACGAUGAUCACAUGGAUGCACACAAGGAUUUCACUCUCAAUCCCGUUAAUUAUCCACGUCCAAAGCUUCUAGCUUUCUUGGAUAGGAUACAUAGCAUAGGCAUGAAAUACAUUGUUAUUAUUGACCCCGGCAUUUCUGUUAAUUCCAGUUAUGGUGUGCAUCAAAGGGGCAUGGCAAACGACGUUUUCAUCAAGUACGAGGGCGAACCAUACUUGGCUCAAGUCUGGCCCGGUGCUGUGAACUUCCCCGAUUUUCUAAACCCCAAAACUGUUGAGUGGUGGGGUGAUGAGGUUCGCCGCUUCCAUGAACUUGUCCCUGUUGAUGGCCUUUGGAUUGAUAUGAAUGAAGCCUCAAACUUCUGUUCAGGAUUGUGCAAAAUCCCGAAAGGCAAGAUAUGUCCAAGUGGAACGGGACCUGGUUGGAUUUGCUGCUUGGACUGCAAGAACAUUACAAAAACAAGAUGGGACGAUCCACCUUACAAGAUAAAUGCUUCAGGUUUGCAGGUGCCAAUAGGCUUCAAGACCAUUGCAACCAGUGCAGUUCACUACAAUGGCGUUCUCGAGUAUGACGCUCACAGUCUCUAUGGGUUCUCUCAAUCCAUUGCGACACACAAGGCCCUUCUCGGCCUUGAGGGCAAGAGGCCUUUUAUCCUUUCCCGUGCCACGUUUGUUGGUUCGGGCAAAUAUGCUGCUCAUUGGACUGGUGAUAACAAGGGGACAUGGGAUGACUUGAAGUACUCUAUUUCUACCAUGCUUAAUUUUGGUAUCUUUGGAGUGCCAAUGGUUGGUUCUGAUAUUUGUGGGUUCUAUCCAGCACCCACAGAAGAACUCUGCAACCGUUGGAUCGAACUCGGUGCCUUCUAUCCAUUCUCGAGGGAUCAUGCCAAUUACUAUUCCCCAAGACAAGAGCUUUAUCAGUGGGAAUCGGUUGCUAAAUCUGCUCGAAAUGCACUCGGGAUGAGGUAUAAGCUGCUGCCUUAUCUUUAUACAUUGAACUAUGAAGCUCAUAUUACUGGAGUGCCAAUUGCUCGGCCGCUGUUCUUCUCAUUCCCAGAUCUUAAGGAGUCUUAUAAUGUGAGCACUCAAUUUUUGCUUGGGAGCAGUGUUUUGGUAUCCCCUGUUCUUGACAAGGCAAAGACAAAAGUCAAUGCAUUCUUUCCCCCAGGCACUUGGUACAGCUUGUUUGAUAUGAGUCAAACCAUAGUAUUAAAAGAAGCUCAGUAUCUAUCUCUUCCUGCACCAUUGAAUGUUAUUAAUGUGCAUUUGUAUCAAAAUACCAUUCUACCGAUGCAGCGGGGCGGAUUGAUUUCUAAGGAAGCUAGGAAAACUCCCUUCACCCUGAUCGUUGCCUUCCCUGCCGAUGAAAGUGACGGAGAGGCCAAGGGUAAGCUGUUCCUCGACGACGAUGAGCGUCCCGAGAUUCAACUUGGGGAUGGUCUCUCUACGUACAUCGAACUUUAUGCAACUGUCAGCCAGGGGAGUGUUAAAGUAUGGUCUGCAGUUCAAGAAAGCAAAUUUGCUCUGGAAAAGGGUUUGAUUGUUGAGAAACUUGUUGUGUUGGGGUUAGAUGCAAGCAAGCAAGCAAGCGCCCUCGCAAUCAAUGGAAAUGCCAUAGCGGGUGGUUCCGGUGUGGAGUUUUAUGCAUCGGAACAAAGUUUGUUCCGUCAAGAAAAACUAGAAGAUGGAGGGGACAAGAGGAAAACUGCCAUGGUAGAGGUCAAGGGAUUGACAUUGCCUGUUGGUAAGAACUUUGAAAUCUCCUGGAAAAUGGGAUAGAAAGUAGAGAGGUAGAAGAAAUUCUCUACUCUAGAUUGUCUGCCUCAGCAGUUCUUUUUUUUUUUCUUUUUCUUUUUUCACAUUCCCCUUCCCCCCUUUGUUUUAAAUUGGUUGGUGGCUUCUGAUUUUAUUUUUCCUUUUGCUUUGAUGGAAAAGAGAUGAGCCAAAUCAUAUCUUCAUCCUUGUCCAUGGGAACAAACCUUGUACUUUGUGUUCAUCGUUGAUGUAGUUUGAGAAUAAAGAAAGUUCCAAUCAUUUUUAGGGCUGAAA